AUGGAUUAUGAAUUAGAUGGCAUCCAUUAUUCAGUUGGUUCAGAUGAUCACAAAUAUUUCAAUGCUGGUGUCAUGUUAAUAGAUUCAUAUAAAUGGCGUGAACUUCGUAUUAAACAACAUGUUGAAGCAUUAGUACGUGCACAUCCAUUAGCCAUGUAUACAAGUGAUGAAAUGGCACUUAAUCUAAUUUUUCGUGGUCAUCUAACUGAGCUCGAACAAUGUUAUAAUACUUUUUCAUUUACAGAAAAAGAUCUUACUAAAAUACCUCGUAUUUGGCAUUUCAACACAUAUAAACCAAUUAUUCAUGCACCAUUGACUCAAUUUUAUACCUGGUUAUCAAUUUUUAAAACAAAAGAUCAAAUACUUCUGAAAAAUCUUGAAAAAAUUUCUGAGGGAUUGGGAAAAGCAGCUAUGCUAGCAUUAAAAAGUCAAGAUUAUAACAAAAUUUGA